GUUCUCGCUUUCUCGCGUUAAUGGCGGGUGGCGGCUGCUGAGCGGGACGCCGAUAACCGCUUGCCUGCACAGGGGGGAAAGUCUUUCCCUACCCCCUAUUUUGUGUUCGCUUGCAGUGCCGGAGUUCGUCAGCAUGUCUGUGGUACCGCCCAAUCGUUCACAGACGGGCUGGCCCCGGGGAGUCAAUCAGUUUGGUAACAAGUACAUCCAGCAAACCAAGCCCCUCACCCUGGAGCGCACCAUCAAUCUGUACCCUCUUACCAAUUACACUUUUGGUACAAAAGAGCCCCUCUAUGAAAAGGACAGCUCUGUUGCAGCCAGAUUUCAGCGCAUGAGGGAGGAAUUUGACAAAAUUGGAAUGAGGAGGACCGUAGAAGGGGUUCUGAUUGUACAUGAGCACCGGCUGCCCCAUGUGUUACUGUUACAGCUGGGAACAACUUUCUUCAAAUUACCUGGUGGUGAACUUAACCCAGGAGAAGAUGAAGUUGAAGGACUAAAACGCCUAAUGACAGAGAUACUAGGUCGUCAAGAUGGAGUUCUGCAAGACUGGGUCAUUGAUGACUGCAUUGGUAACUGGUGGAGACCAAACUUUGAACCUCCUCAGUAUCCAUAUAUUCCUGCACAUAUUACAAAGCCUAAGGAACAUAAGAAGUUGUUUCUGGUUCAGCUUCAAGAGAAAGCAUUGUUUGCAGUUCCUAAAAAUUACAAGUUGGUAGCCGCACCGCUGUUUGAAUUAUAUGACAAUGCACCAGGAUAUGGCCCCAUCAUUUCUAGUCUCCCUCAAUUGUUGAGCAGGUUCAAUUUCAUAUACAACUGACUUCUUGCAUAGAGGAGAAGUUGAAGCCGUCUCUGUGAGCACAGCUGUACACAGUGUGGAAGAAUAAAUGUGGUAGAAGUUCUGGUUUUAUCUCUUUUCCAUCCCUAAGUCUCCACCUAUUUUCUAUUUGAACAGUAACGUUAAUAUGAAGAACUAGAUAGUGUAAACAAAUGUGAUAAUGUUAACUUUUGGUUCUACUCAUACUUUUUUGUACAACAUUAAAGAACAUGAACAUCUAUUUGUAUUUUUUUUAAUUUUAAUUUCUCAUUAAACUCUAAAAAAUCUUA